UCCCUCCUCUGCCCCCGCCCCGUUCCCCUGCACCCUUAUCCCUAGGGGGGUUGGGGAAGUGGUAGAAGGAGAAAGCAAGGGGAGGAGGAAUUGGGGAGGCCAGAGAAGAUGGGGAACACUACGUCUUGCUGUGUGUCGUCCAGCCCCAAGCUCAGGAGAAAUGCCCACUCCCGGCUGGAGUCCUAUCGGCCCGAUACCGAGCUGAGCCGGGAGGACACAGGCUGCAACCUGCAACACAUCAGCGACCGAGAGAACAUCGAUGAUUUGAACAUGGAAUUCAACCCUUCAGACCAUCCUCGGGCCAGCACAAUAUUCCUCAGUAAAUCUCAGACUGAUGUGAGAGAAAAACGAAAGAGCCUCUUCAUCAACCACCAUCCCCCAGGACAGAUGGGAAGGAAGUAUAGCUCCUGUUCCACUAUUUUCCUAGAUGAUAGCACAGUCAGUCAACCAAACCUCAAGUAUACAAUUAAAUGUGUAGCGCUUGCAAUAUAUUAUCACAUAAAAAACAGGGAUGCAGAUGGAAGGAUGCUCUUAGAUAUUUUUGAUGAAAAUCUUCACCCCCUUUCGAAAUCCGAAGUGCCACCAGACUACGACAAACACAACCCAGAGCAAAAGCAGAUUUACCGGUUUGUUCGAACGCUGUUCAGCGCUGCCCAACUGACUGCUGAGUGCGCCAUUGUCACCCUGGUAUACCUUGAAAGACUUUUAACUUACGCAGAGAUAGAUAUCUGUCCCGCAAAUUGGAAGAGGAUUGUACUUGGAGCAAUUUUAUUAGCAUCCAAAGUUUGGGAUGACCAGGCUGUCUGGAACGUGGAUUAUUGCCAGAUCCUGAAAGACAUCACAGUAGAAGAUAUGAAUGAGUUGGAGCGACAGUUUCUUGAAUUGCUACAGUUUAACAUCAACGUUCCUUCCAGUGUUUACGCCAAGUAUUAUUUUGAUCUUCGUUCUCUAGCAGAAGCAAAUAAUCUCAGCUUUCCCUUGGAGCCCCUCAGCAAGGAAAGAGCUCACAAACUUGAGGCCAUUUCUCGUCUGUGUGAAGACAAGUACAAAGACUUGAGAAGAUCUACAAGAAAGCGAUCAGCCAGUGCGGACAAUCUGGCUGCAAUGAAGUGGUCUCCAGCCAUCAUCUCCUAACAGUGGCAUGUAGGAUAUUCUUACAAAAAUACUGUUUCCAUCCCUCCGGUUUCUCAUUUGGUUUGGGAAAACACAAAGACUCUGGGGCUUUUUUGAUUAUGUUUUUGUUUGGUUUUGUUUUUAAUCCUUAGCUCUGACAAGCUGCCUUUACACUGCCUCCUCACCGUGCGGCACACACGCAGCAACUUUUCAUUGGAAAGCUAAAUCAGUAUUUUGGAAAUCCUGUCCCAUGCCUUUUCCCACUAACCUUUGGCGAGGGAACGGAGGACUCUGAUCCUGCAGGAAGAAACAGAGGAAAAGAAAAGUAGUGUAGAGGCAAGAAAGAAAGAUAUAAAAGACUUUGUCAUCUUUUUGAGACAUUGUGCUCAUCAACUGAUAAAUACAAAACGAAAACAAAACAGGAGACAAACAAGUUUGGAUGUGCACUAAGGAAAACGAAUGGCAUUGUUUUUACCUUAACCUGAAAAUGCAGCUCAGUACAUUCUGUCGGAUUUUUUGCAUUCCUUCUAGCUGCUUUUCAGAGUUUGGGGGACAUGUUUUUUUUGUUCUUCUUCUUCUUCUUCUUUUUUUUUGGUCCUGCAGAGCAGAGAAUACAGUCUGUAUCUACCAUAGCACAAACAUCCAAAUAAAUAGUAUUGGUUGUUCCUCAAUGAACUAUUCUCUGUCUUUUUAGCCAUUAUCCUUCAGAAGUGUUAAGUAUCUCUUAUGUUUCUAGAUCCCUGAACUGUACCUUUAAUUUUUUCCCCAACAAAAAAAAAGUUACUUUGAUCAUAAUGCUGAACCAAAAGUAUACAAAGUGAUCCAACAUUCCUGUGCUAUUUCUUCUUAAUUUUUUCCCCACAAAAAAAUGGGAACUCACACAGAAUGCUUGUGCCUUCCUAUGUUCUUGAAGCAGUUUUGUUUUCUCUGACCUAAAGACACAGAUGUCAAAACCCUCAGACUUUAUGGGCCAAGAGGAAGCAAUGUGCUGCAGAAAUCUCUAUUGGGUUGCGAUUCUGAUUCCCCUGUUCUCGCCUUUCCCCAAGCACUUAGGUCCUUGCUUGAAUUCCCAUCCAAGAGUGGUUUUUUUGUACAACCCACCUAGUUCAUUCCUCCAUCUCCAUGUUGCAAGCAAUAUCCUCCUCGAUUUUUAUAUGUUUACUUUAAAUCAAAGUUAAUUAAGUCUGUUUGUAUAAAAAAUUUUUUUAAAAAUUAAAAAAAAUGGGUGGGUGGGAAGAGGGUUUCACUGGGAAGAUAAUUAAAGAGAUGAAUGUUAACCUUUAUUGAGGUAUUUUUCACAGAUUGAAUUAAAAAAAAACAACAAACCCAUCAUCACCAACAUAAACUGAACUUGUAUUUUUCAUUGUGGGUGCUCAGAGAAAUUUAAACAAAAUUCAAACUGUGAAGAAGGUUGAUGUUUCAUGAAUUAUGAUUGUACCUUUUUCAUUUCCUAAUUAUUCUUGUUUUUUUUUUUUAUGAAAGCAGAAUAUUUUAUUGUAAUGUGAAGAUUGAGAGAAAGCAUGGUACAUUAGAUAGCCAGCUGAAUCAGGAAGACCUGGAUUCAAAUGCUGACUCUUGACACCUAAUAACUAUAAAAUCAUGAGCAAGUUUCUCAAUCCUUCUGUGCCUCAGGCAACCCUUUAAUAUUAAAAGUUAUAGAUGAAUUACUGAUCUGCAUUCAUGGAGGGAAUUUUCACACUCUGGAGUUCCCUAUGCCAAUGAAAUCACAAGUCUGAACCUAUAUACACAAAAACUUAUCAAGGUUGGGGAUGGGGGAGUGAUAAUUUUGAACUCAAGUCCAUGAAUAUGAUUCUGUGAAAGGUUUUUUCUUUUUAUACUUUUCCUCUGGAUCUGAUGACAGAGGAGAGGGGUCCCUUCCCUUCCCCUGCCUUCUUUUUAAAUUCAGUGAUGUGGAUGGCAGAUUUUCUUCAGGGUUUUUUGUUUUUUUUUUUAUAUUUUUUUUUGGACUAAUUGAAAAUGGAAAAAUUUUCCAUUAGUUUUCUUUCCCACCUUAGUGCCCAAAGGUCAUAGACCUAUCCAUGAAUAUAUUUAUUCACACCUCUCAGUGAAACAUGUCUUUUAAACAAAUGGCCUUCUAAGGGCCAAGGUACCAAUUCCAGACUGAAUAUUCUCUAUUUGCAGGCUCAUGUGAUUUAUCACCUUUGUUACCUGAUUGUUGGCUUAAAACAAUACAUCUUAAUUCUUUGUGAUAGAUCAUCUUAAAAAAAAAAGCCAAAAAAACCCUUUGAAAAACCCAAACCUUAAAAUGAAAUUUCUUCUUCCCUUGAUUGUAUCCAUUCAUUUGGGUUCCCCAACUAGCCUCUCUGUUCACAUGCGGGUUCAAUUUGGAACAGAAAAAUGUAAUAGAAAGUUUAAAAAAAAAAAAGUAUUCCAAAAAUCUAUCUAGCUGAAAAAAAAAAAAGGGACAUAUUUUCUUAACUUCUGAAAUUUUAAUACCUCUCAAGAAAAAUGAGUUCCUACCAUAAUGUCAAUGGUUGUCGUCUUUUACCAAACCAUUUCAAAAAAGUUCUGUUACCUUUCUAACAGAAAUUGUAGUUUUAUCCCUUUUAUUUGAAUGAGAGACAUAUAAACUUUGAAUUAUGUAAAUAUCUCGAUGCAUCUGCUAUAAUUUUGUGGAGUUUAUUAAAACUACUUUAAAGAUUGUAUAGUCUAUUUAUUGUAUGUAUGUACAUACAGUCUGAUACUUAAAAUUUAAAGUGGAUUCCAUAAAAUUUGGCUCGGUCUUGUUUAGACUAUUGAAUAUUGUUUUAGCCUUGUGCACUGGACUCUACCUCUGUAUAGGAGAAUUUUCCAUCCUCUUUCAUUAGUACUGAUUCUGUGAUUAACUUGGUUAUGUUUCUUGCACUAAGGUUUUAUUUUAAAUCUGCUGUAAGUGUAGAUUUUCUAUUUUCAGUUUUGCCGUAGAAAUCAUUUGAAUUGUAGGUGAAUAGUUAUUUUUGGUUUAUUUUUUUCUACAUGAAAAUGAAAAUUUGGGGUGUUUUUUCUUUCGAUUUGUUCUGUUUGCCAAAAAAAUAGUACAGUACCUAUUGAUAAAUGGUAGUGACUGUAAUCUGUUUGCAAGGUGAUUUAAUACCAUACAAUUAAAACAAAUUACUAUUU